AACACUUUGGGAGCCCCUGACCUCCACAGAGCGGCAGCAGCUCACUGGCUGAGCCCCCAGCAGGGGAGGAGUCUGCCGCCAGCCUGCAGUGAUAAAACCCGGCUGCUCCUGAUGGUAGUGGAAAACAGAUUUGGAGGAGGAAGUCUCCGAGUGCUCUCUUCAACAGGAAUGAACUCCCUCUCAUGCCGUGUGCAUCUCAUACUCUGACUACUGGACCGUCUGUUAUUCACGGGGAUACUUCUCGCUUAAGCUGGUCUUCAAAGUGUUCCUUCACGUUUUCCUCCACUGCUUUGAAUCAAACAGCCUUCUAAGAUGACCUGGACAGCGAACAGUUGUUUUGUCACUCUGGCCAUCCUGUUUCUGUGGCGGGGGGAAGAGGUAGCAGAAGCCUGCAGAUGCUUCCCAGCGCAUCCUCAGGAGGUGUUCUGCCGCUCAGACGUCGUUAUGAGGGGAAAGGUAGUUGGAGUGCAGGAGGUUGAUGCUGUCAAUGACAUCUAUGGAAACCCCACCAAGUAUGACAUCAAACAAAUCAAGAUGUUCAAAGGUCCCAGCAAUGGUAUUGAUGCCCUCUACACCAAUAUCUUUUUAAGUUGUGGAGUGAUCCUGAAUAAUGGCACGGAGUAUCUCAUCACAGGCGAACUAAAUGAUGAUGGGAUGAUGUAUAUCGGACUGUGUGACUUCAUUAAGCCCUGGGACAAACUGAGUGAAACCCAGAAGAGCCUGACUCAGCGCUAUGAAAGGGGCUGUGGAUGCAAGUUCACCUUCUGCUUCACCACCCCCUGCAUAGUCAGCAGCCCGGCUGAGUGCAUGUGGACGGACUCACUGAUUGAUAAUCAGAUGUACGGAGGGCAGGCCAAACACUUAGUUUGUAUGAAGAGGAGUGAUGGCUCUUGUGCCUGGUACAGAGGGCCCCACUGACAGAUAGUGUCAGGAUUUCUGAGAUGAACUACAAUUAAAAUACCAAAAUACAAAUACAUACCCAA